AUUUGUAUUGUUGGAUGUGGUUUGCUUUUUUCCCCCUUUUCUGUUUUUUCUUUUUUCUUUCUCUGCUUUGUCUUUUUCUGUAAUUUGAAAAAUUUUCAAUAAAUAUCAUUAAAAAAAAAAAAGGAACUUCUCGAAGCCUUCAUUUCUUUAGCAGGGGAGUUGGGUGUUCCUCUAGCUGCAGACAAAACUGAGGGCCCAGCUACAACUAUGGUUUACUUGGGUAUUGAAUUGGACACUAUUGCCCAGACCUCUAGACUGCCCAAAGAAAAAUUGCUCUCGGAGACCUUAUUUGACAACUUCUCCCCCUAAGGAAAGUUACCCUCAGGCAGAUUCAGUCACUGUUAGGCCAUUUAAAUUUUGCUUGCCAUGUGGUUUCCCCUGGUCGCCCAUUCUGCGGCCGCCUAGCGAGGAUGUCAGCAGGCCUGCGAUCCCCCCAUCACAGGGUUUGCCUAUCAAAGGAGGUAAAAUCCAACCUGGAAGUCUGGUUGAACUUUUUGAAAAAUUUUAACGGAAUUUCCUUGUGGCAGGAUAACACGUCGCUGCAAGUUGACUUCCAGGUACAAUCAGACGCUUCAGGCUCUCUUGGAUUCGGUGUUAUUUUAGGGGGCAAUGGUGUGCCCAGCGCUGGCCUGCAGCCUGGCAGGAAGGCCCCAUUACCAGAGAUUUAACCUUCCUAGAAUUCUUUUCGAUCGUAGUGGCGGUGCACUUGUGGUCUAAGAAAUUUAGCAACCAUAGGGUAUGCUUUCACACAGAAAACCAGGCAGUAGUAGCAGUCCUUUCCAAGCAGGCUGCCCGGUCUCCAAGGGGGGGUGCCUUUCUUCGUUCCUUCAUUCUCUUGUGUUUAGAGCUCAAUAUCCACUUCUCCGCCAAAUUUGUGCCUGGUGUUAACAAUGACAUUGCGGAUGCCCUAUCUCGUUUUCAGAUGGACCGCUUCCACUCGUUAGCACCGGACGCACAACAGCUUCCUCAACCAUUCCUGGAGCAUUUAUGGAGCCUUGGGAACUAGAAGUGAUGCAGGGAGUAUUAGCCUCAGUGGCGCCUUCCACUUUAAAAUCUUAUAAGAAAGCUUGGUCGGAUUUCUUAAAAUUUCGCAGUAAAUCCUACGUCGCUAGAAUCAAUUCCCCUCCUGUCAAGUCAGAGGUUCUUUCCUACUUAGUACACCUGAGACGCUUGGGCCGUGCCCCUAAAACCCUCAACUUACAGGCACCGGCAAUAUCGUUCUUUUGCAAGUCAGUUUAUUCCUCUGACCCAUGUGCCGACUUUGUCGUGCAGAAGGCCUUGGAGGGCUGGCGCAGGCUGCAGCCCUCCAGCUGCGAUACGAGAAGGCCAAUAUCAUUUGACAUCCUUUAUCACACGGGUGUCAAACACAAGGCCCGCGGGCCGAUUCCGGCCCGCCAGACCUCGUCAUGUGGCCCGUGUAGCCGCCGCCAGCCUUCACCUUUUAUUCUCGCUUUUUUUUCUUGACACAAGAAAGCCGCCUCUUCAGCGCAUGCGCGGCAGCCUACAAGCCAGAGAACGUCUGCCCUCUAGCGGCGCCAGCCGUUCUACACAGGAAACCUCCACUUUACAUGCAUUCAGGAAACCUCCACUUGUUUUUAUAUUGAGCGCAUGCCAUCCUGUGAUGUGACAGAUCCAACGGCUGCCUGAACCCUUCUCUCCUGUACUGUAAGUACAUAUGAUGUAUGUGGGGGGGGGGGUCUGCUUAUUAGGGGGGGUCUGCUUAUUAUUCUGCUUAAAAGUCUGAGCGGUAAACUUUGGAUAUACUGACCACUUCCGUGUCACUUUACAGUGGUAUAGGGACCAUAAAUUACAAUCAAAUAACCCAAAAAUGUCCAAGGAAAGAAAAGUUGAUGCAGAGGGAAGGCAAUUUCAGGAGAGAUGGGAAAGUGAAUACAUGUUUGUGAUUAAUGGAGACAAGCCGGUAUGUCUUAUUUGCUAUGAGGCAGUGGCAGUGAUGAAGGAAUACAAUUUACGCCGGCACUUUGAGACCAAACAUGGAGCCACAUUUGCUAACCUUAGCCACCAGGAAAAGCAACAAAAGGUCCAAGAAUUAAAAGGUAGCCUGCAUUCUCAACGGAAUAUAUAUGCAAAAUGACAGCAAAAAAUUAUGCAGCAGUGAAAGCCAGCUAUCUUGUGGCUGAAGAAAUUGCGCGAGCUUCAAAGUGCUUUUCAGAAGGUGCAUUUGUAAAGCAGUGUAUGCUGAAGGUAUGUGAACAGGUGUCAGCUUGUCAAGAAACACCAUCACAGACCGAGUCAGGGACCUAGCCUGUAAUCUUAAAACAAAGUUGGCUGAAGAGGCAUGCAGUUAUCUGGCAUUUUCAUUAGCUGUUGAUGAAAGCACUGACAAUACUGAUACAGCUCAUCUAGCUAUUUUUGUAAGAGGUGUGAAGGAAGACUUGUCUGUCAGUGAGGAGCUCUUGGAUGUGGUCGCCAUGUAUGGGACAACAACUGGGAGGGACAUCUUCAAUGCAGUGGAGGAAUCCGUAAAUAAAAUGAAAUUACCUUGGGAAAAGUUGGUGGGACUUACUACUGAUGGCUCUUCAGCAAUGUGUGGAGAGAGAAAUGGCUUGGUUGUACUGUUAAAAGAGAAAAUGAAAAAAAGUAAUUGCCACACGCCGCUGAUAACUUAUCACUGCAUUAUCCACCAAGAAGCUCUGUGUGGCAAGGUUCUGCAACUGGAUAACAUAAUGUCCACAGUCACGAAAACAGUGAAUUUUCUGCGUGCACGGGGUCUGAAUCAUCGUCAGUUCCAACAAUUUUUGAAGGAGGUGGGCAUGGAACAUACAGAUGUGCCAUACCAUACAGAAGUAAGGUGGCUGAGUAGGAGCACCGUUCUCAAUAGAUUUUUUGAGCUUUUGGAAGAAAUUACUCUUUUUAUGCAAAGUAAAGGGAAGCCCUUGUCAGAACUGUCAGAUCCAAACUGGCUGUGCGAUUUUGCCAUGUUGUGUGACAUAACAGAGCAUCUCACCCAACUGAAUCUGAGGCUGCAGGGCCGCAAACAAGUCAUAACCUCAAUGUAUGAAGCACUAACAGCUUUCCAGGAGAAACUGCGCCUAUGGAAGUCACAGCUUGAAAAAGACAGUCUUGCCCACUUUCCUAUCUGCCAGAGCAUCUCAACCUCAUUCCCAGGUACUUUUUCAUGUGCUCGAUUGGGUACCAAAGUGAAUCGGCUGAUUGAUGAAUUCAAUCGACGCUUUUCUGACUUUAAAGAACAAAACUUAACCUUUACCAGCUUUGCCAAUCCCUUCAACAUCGAUGUUGACAGUGCACCACAUCACCUUCAAAUGGAAUUAAUAGAACUUCAGUGCAACAGCAGCCUGAAAGCGAAGUUCCAGGAUGCAACAGUCAACGACUUUUACAGUCUCCUCCCCGCUGCUUUGAUGCCACAGCUCCGACUUCAAGCUGCACGUGUUCUGUCCAUGUUUGGGAGCACCUAUCUAUGUGAACAGAUGUUUUCAGUCAUGAAUCUGAACUAGACCACGCUCAGAUCACGCAUCACUGAUGAUAACCUCCAUGCUGUUUUGCGGAUUGCUACAGCACAAGACCUAACGCCAGACAUCGAUGGACUGACCUCAGGAAAACGAUGUCAGCCAUCUAGUCAGAAAAGUUAAAAAAAAGUUAAUGCCUUGUGUUUCCUCUAUGUGUAAUGAACAGUGUUUGGCAAUAUUUGUAUGUUUUUUAAAAAAAAUUACUGUCUGUUACCAAAAAUCAUUUUUCAAUAAAUUGUACAAUAAUUGUACAUUUGAAUAUCUACUUGCCAUUAUUCUGACUACAGUAUGUUUCUGCUUUCAGAGCUAGUUAUUACUUACAUUAUUACAAAAAACAGUAAUAAUUGAAUGCAGUGACAAUAAUUUAUGAAAAUAAAGAGUGGACACAUAGUCCUACAGAUAC